CCUUCAUCUGUGUCGAGAGAUCCGUUCAAGUGCAAGACCCAGCUGUAAGCCCGGACCUUAACCAUCAUGCUGCUCUACCGAGCCAGUCAAAUACCUGUGCGAUCGGCAGUCCUUCCGCGUACCAGCAUGCUUUCGCAAAGAGCCAAAGCCCGCGCGGACGCGCGCGCGCGCGCAAGCCUUCCCUCUUCCAAGGUCGUCUGCAGUGUGCUCUUUUCCCUGCACUUCUGGCUCCGUCGGCAAGUGGUCAUUAAUCGCCAAUACAUCGGGAAGUUGAGCCAGCGCUCGUAUAGUCGUGGAUUGCGAAGAGAAAUGUGAUGGCUGGGAAUGGGCGAUAAAGGGCCGUGAUGGUGGACUCUGACCUUGACGCGCAGUGCGCCGUCGAGUGCUUCUUGCUUUUCACUUCCAGAUCGGCGUAGGGCAAGAGCAGCGUAGAAGACCAGGCAAUUCGGCGACAGUGAAUCAGGUUAAGGUGAGAAGGCGUAUCGCGAUGUGGCCAGUAGCGGUGCUGUGAGCCAGAUGGCAGCGUGCUUGGGCACUGAUACUUGCUUUAAGUCGACGCUGUCCUGAAAAGGUGAUCUCCGCCACGCCCUCAAUCUUGCCAUUCGUGGGUUCCGUAUCUACGCAAGGCGGUACAGGUCAUAUGACGCGAGACUUGCUUCACCUAUCUUCUUCUCCCUGUACUGAAGCUGCUGCCCCGACCACAAAGAUUGUCACUCAAAGAUCACGCAGUCUAUGGAUGGGGGGUUCGAAAUUUAAUCCGAAGUGACAUUGAUU